AUGGGCCCACAUCCUCGGCAAACUCACGCAAAAUUACCCUCUAUUUCGUGUGAGUCACCAUCCAUCGGAGAACUGCAACACUUCCAACUGGCGGAUCCAAGUCUUCGAAAAUCGGGUGCCAUAGAUGUCAUCAUCGGUGCAGAUUUCUACGGCCAAAUCACCGGAGACCAAGUGGUUAAAUCCACUGAUAACCAAAUCGUCGGCCAGAACACCACCUUCGGCUGGGUCAUUUCGGGCCCAGUUUGUUGCUCAAGCUGUUCAAUCAAAAUCUCUCUAGCUGCAAUACGAGAGACUCCGAACGAGCAACUGCUGGCACUAUUGAAGAGGUUCUGGACCCAGGAGGUAUUGCCAGCUCAGAGCAACACCCCUCUCACCCAGGAAGGGCUCGAAUAUGAGCAACAAUUUCCAUUCACCCACACUCGGGAUCCAACGGGGAGGUAUGUUGUAAGACUACCCCUCAAAUCAAGGGCUGUGGGGUCUCAAAACCCAAGGGUCUUCGGCAACUUCACCAGCUCAGGGGUAGACUCCAAAGAGAUUCCAUCUACGAUGCAGCGAGUAGUGGACACCUCGGAACGAUCUCCAGUGUACUAUCUUCCACAUCACGGAGUGCUCCGUCCGGAUAGCACAACCACCAAGCUUCGAGUCGUAUUUAACGGCUCCAGUUCCACCUCCACCGGUACGUCGCUCAAUGGCAUCCUCCAUGCCGGCGGAAAACUCCAGGUAGACGCUCCAGACGUGCUUUUCUGGGUGAGAAGACAUAGGUACGUCUUCGGCACGGACUUUGUCAAAAUGUUACAGCAGAUCAGGAUCUACUCGGACGACUGGAACCUCCAGCGUAUCCUCUGGCGAGAUGAGAAUCAACUCAUUACGUUCCAACUCACCACAGUCACCUACGGCCAAACUUGUGCUCCAUGGCUAGCUCUUCGAGUUCUCCAGCAGCUCACGGCGGACGACGGACAUCUGUAUCCAAAGGCGGUACCCUCACUCUCCAAAGGCAGAUACGUAGACGAUAUCUACGGCGGAGCGGAAUCACCAGCCGAGCUGAGAGAAAUUAUCACUCAGCUCCUCGGGCUCUGUAAGGCGGGCGGCUUCCUCCUUCAAAAAUGGGCCAGCAAUUGUCCCGAGGUCCUCAGCCAACUUGGGCUGUCACCUCCACCAUUUCCAUUAUCUUCAUCGGACCUUCAAGAAAAGGAGCAGGUCAUCAAGGUGCUUGGAUUGUGCUGGAACUCACAUCAAGACAACUUUCAAUUUAAACCACAGACCUUCUCCACCAAACCAGUCACCAAGCGGCUCAUCCUAUCGGAAAUCGCCCAUAUUUUUGAUCCAUUGGGCUUCAUUUCUCCGGUAACCAUCAACGCCAAAAUCAUCAUGCAGGAACUGUGGCUCAUCAAGUUCAGGGAAGAACUAAGCCACGUCAACCUCAUCGCAGUUCCUCGGUGGCUCCACCUCGACUCCACGAUCUCCAACCUCCAAAUUCACGGCUUUGCGGAUGCCUCCAACCUCGCCAUGGAGGUGGUAGUCUAUCUUCGCACGGAAAAACCAGGUAUGGCUCCAAUCAUCUCUUUGGUGUGCGCCAAAACACGUGUCGCCCCGCUUAAGAAAGUGACUGUACCCAGACUUGAGCUAACAGCAGCAGGGCUGUUGACGAAGCUCACGUGCUACGCCAUCAAACAGCUGGAGCUAACCCAACCAACCAUCUUCCUCUGGACGGACUUCUCGGUGGCUCUAGCAUGGGUUAAAUCCCAUCCAUCUCGCUGGAAAGAAUACGUCCAAAACCGUGUUCUAAAAAUCCAAGAGGCCAUACCCAACGGAGAGUGGCUUCACAUCAGCGGAACGGACAACCCAGCAGACUGUGCCUCACAGGGGCUAUCACCGGAACAACUUCAUCACCAUCCACUGUGGUGGAAUGGGCCACCAUGGCUCGUUUUCCCUCCACACCAUUGGCCAGUCUCAUCAGUCGGAUCCAAGGCAGCGGCGACUCUUCAGGAAAAGCCAUCCUUAGCACAUCCCGGUGUCAUCAGCCCUCAGGAGGGCAAUGAACUCCUAGAGCGGCAUAACGAUCUCAACAAAAUUUUGAGAGUAACGACACUCGUCAAUCGGCUCGGAUGGCGGCUACAGCGGAUAGAAGUUCUAGAUCAACGGUUUGUCACUCCAAAAGAAGUCGAAGAAGCUAGACUUUUCUGGAUGAAAAGGAUACACCACCAUCACUUCAACGAGGAGAUCCGGAUCCUGACCACCAACAAAUCUUACGGACCGGCGGCCGUCUCCACAAUGCUCACCUGGACUUUAAGGAGAUCGAUCCAGCGGUACUCCCACGACAUUCCAGAUUCACGGAUCUGGUUAUCGGAGAUGCACACCGACGGUCUCAUCACGGCGGAACCCAGCUCACCCUGGCCUUUACCAGGCAAAGGUACUCGUUCAUUGGCGGUAGAGCUCCUAGGAGAGCUCGCACAACAACUGAUGGGUCAGAUGCCACCACCACGGAUUCAACCAUCCAGGCCAUUCACCCACACUGGAGUCGACUUUGCCGGCUCACCAAAAAUAUACUCCGGUGGAAAGGAUCGGGCUAUCGGGCCCAGAACGGCUACAUCUUGGUCUUCGACUGCUGCUCCACCUCAGCCAUCCAUCUCGAAGCGACGAGGAAUCCCAGCCUCAAAAACCAGUGACAGAGGGCUGAACUUCUUCGGAGCCAAUCGAGUCCUGAACCAACUAUUUGCUCAGGCCUCAGCUGAAUCGGAUCAGAUUCGGGCCGCUCUAGCAGCAGACGGAACCACCUGGCAUUUUCACCCAGCAGGCCCUCGACAUUUCGGCGAAAAAUGGGAAGCGAUUGUUAAAUCCGUCAAACGCCAUCUCCAGAGGACAAUUGGGACCUCAACUCUGUCCCUAGAAGAACUUACAACUCUCCUAGUGCAGGUUGAGGCGGUUCUCAAUUCUCGGCCCAUUGCACCCACUUCGGACGAUCCAGCGGACACUUCAGUGCUCACUCCAGGGCACUUCCUCAUCGGCGGAUCCAUCACCACGGUUCCGGAGCCAUCACUACCCGAGGAAAAUAUUCCACACCUCGACAGGUGGCAGUUGAUCACCAACAGGGUGCAAGAUUUCUGGCGAAGAUGGUCGCAAGAGUGCAUCCACCACUUCCAUUCCAAUCCCAAAUGGAAAUAUCCAAGAGCCAACAUCAUCAUCGGAUCGGUCGUUCUCAUUUCGGAUGAGAGAUUUCCACCGUGUAAGUGGCUACUUGCACGGGCCAGGCGGUUCAUCCUGGUAAUGAUGGACUCAUCAGAGUUAAGACGAAGGCGGGCGGAUUGUUCAGAUUUAAAUCCGAAGACGGAGGGCAGCCAGCCUCGUCGGCCAAAUUCGGUUGACCUCUGGUCACCGACGAGACUGGCUGACCCACUUAUCACCUCGGUCUGA